UCCAGCAUGGGGGUGCGGCCCCUGCUGCUGCGGGCCGUCAUCGUGGGGGCCCCCGGCUCCGGGAAAGGCACCGUCUCCUCCCGCGCCGUCAAACACUUUGCCCUGAAACAUCUGUCCAGCGGCGAUCUGCUCCGGGAGCACAUGAACAAGAGGACGGAAAUUGGUAUCAUUGCUAAGACCUACAUUGAUCAGGGACGGCUUAUUCCCGAUGAUAUUAUCACCCAGCUGAUGCUAAGUGAGCUGAAAACAGUAGAGCAGCACCACUUGCUGCUAGAUGGUUUUCCAAGGACUGUUCCACAGGCUGAAGCUCUGGAAAAAAUGUUUUCAGUCAAUACUGUGAUUGACUUAGAUGUGCCUUUUGAGACAAUCCAGCAACGUCUGACGGCACGAUGGAUCCAUCCUGCAAGUGGCAGGGUCUACAACCUGGAGUUCAAUCCUCCCAAAGUGCCCGGCAGUGAUGAUAUUACCGGAGAGCCUCUUGUUCAACGUGAUGAUGACAAACCAGAAACUGUUAUGAAGAGACUUAAAUCUUACGAGGCAGAAACCAAACCUGUCUUGGAGUAUUACAAAAGGAAAGGAGUGUUAGAAUCAUUCUCUGGAACAGAGACCAACAAAAUUUGGCCCCAUGUUCAUCAUUUUCUUCAAACCAAGCUGCCUGAUGUCAGCCAGAAGGAAGAUGCCACACCCAGCUGAAGCAGACUU